AGAAGCCCAAUUCAAACCCCAGGGUGACGCUGAAGGAAGGUAGGGAGGGGCGUGCGACAGCGACGGCCAAGGGAAAAUCCAAGGCUGACGAGAAGGGACCCCCGGGAGAAUGAAGAGCAGCGUAUGGAUGGAUGGGCUUAAUGGAUGGCAACGAUGAGAGCGUUGCUCGGGUCGCAAGCUGCCAGACAACCCAAACCGUGUACCAUUGCAACGCAACCUUCUUUUCUCCCUCCGCCUCCCUCUCUCUUUCUUCGGCUUUCUCCAUCUUUCUCUUCCUCUCUGUACUCUUCUAUUUCCUGCUUCACUCCCUUCCUUUGAUGGUUGAGCAGGAGGGACAGCCGAGCAGAGUACAGCAGAUGGUCCGCCUCCCAUCUCCCCAGAAGGCGCUGACGAUCUAGGACAUGUUACUCCCACUACUGCAUACUAUAGUAGUACUAGUAGCAGCAGCAGUAGGACCAAGACAGGCCACCAAUUGUCUUACCCUGGGGGGGGGUGUCUCCGGAACAUGGCCCGGUAACAGGAGGCACCAGCCCCGGAAUCUGAAUCCGAACUUUGUAGUCGUGCUGUGUGCUAAAUAACAAAGAAAUCGCGCGCAAAAGUUAGUCCUCAUUUUGUGAGAACCUUGCUACAGUAUGUCAGCGUCGGGCCCAUCGUGAAGAAUGGAAGAUCUCAGAUGUAUGCUGCUGUUCCCAUGUCGAGAUGCAGGCAGCCUC